GCGGCAUCGAGAAGCGGGCAGCGGCAGCCGGGGAGCGGCCCCGGAGCGCAGCUCCAGCUCAUUCCCAGCCAUGGGGGACAUGAAAACCCCGGAUUUCGACGACCUCUUGGCCGCCUUCGACAUCCCCGACAUCGACGCCAACGAAGCCAUCCACUCCCACCACGAGGAUCCCGAAUCCCACGGCAAACAAAUCCCGGGAGAUCCGGGAGCCGCCGGCCCUGCGGAGCACGUCCUGCCCCACCCGGACAUCUCGGCCGUCAGCGUCAUCGUCAAGAACACCGUGUGUCCGGAGCAGCUGGAAAACUUGGAUUCCCGAGGGAAGGAGGGGCACGGGAUGGCCCCGAGGCUCCUCCAGAACGGAUUCGGAGCUUCCGACGUUCCCAGAUCGCCGAAUUCCCGCUCCGGGGAGGCGCCUUCCAACGGGGAGUGCUGGGGCAAGGAGAAGAGCUCCAAGGCUUUGGAUUUGUUCUCGCAUUUCAGCCCCGAUCCCAACGAGGACGGCGCCAAUUUGAUCGACAGAUCCCGGGAAUGCAAAGGCAAGGAGAAAUCCCUGGCCGUGCCCUCGCUGGCUCCGUCCCCAACCCCGGCCGUGGAUUCCAAGAGAUCCCUGGGAGAAUCCUCCGAGGGCCUGGAUCCGCCUUUCCCGACGCCGUUCCGGGCGGGAGCGGCCGGCGACGGAUCCCACCCCGUUCCCCGCAUCAAAAAGGAGGAAUCGGACUCGGAGGAGGCUCCGGCCAGGAGCUCCAGCCCCAAGGGGUCGGUGUUGGAUCACCUGAAAUCCGUCAGCGUCCGCUAUUCCGCCGCCGAGGACUCUCCCGCCGCGCCGUGGCCGGGAUCGGACGCGGCGGCGCCGGACGGCGGCGGCGGCGGCGCGGCCGAGCUCAAACGCUCGCCCGGGAGCCCUCGGGAAUCUUUCUCCUCUCCGGGAAUUCCCAUCCCGCCUUCUCCCAAGCAGCUCUCCCUGAAGUAAGAGCGGGAAAUGCUGGAGAAAUCCAUGGGGAGCCCCGGCAGCGUUUCCAGCGGCGAGGAGGAGGAGGAGGAGGAGGAAGAGGAGGAGGAGGAGGAGGAAGAAAACACCAACUCGCCCUCCUCCAGCUCCUCGCGGCCGCUCAAAGUCCGCAUCAAAACCAUCAAAACCUCCUGCGGCAGCAUCACCAGGACGGUCACCAGGGUCUCCUCCGACUCGGAGCCGCCCUCCGCCGGCGUCCCGGGCCCGCAGAAUUCCCAGGAAAGCUCGGAAUUCCCGGCGGAGGCGGCGUCCAGGGAAAAGCCGGAGCUGCCCGGCGCUCCGAAGGGCGCGGAAGGGCCCAGGACGGUGAGCGUGCAGCUGGGGAACGGCACCAAGCUGAAGGGCACGGUGCUGCCGGUGGCCACCAUCCAGAGCGCCAGCAGCGCCAUGCUGAUCGCCGCCAGCGUGGCCCAGCAGAAAUCCGCCGUGCUCCCGGCAAAGAGCGGCAAAUCCGUGGCUAAAAACAUCCUCAGCUUGGUGCCGCAACCCCUCCCCAAAGGCAACGGCGCCGCCAAAUCCGACGGCGGCGGCGGCGCGGCGGCCAAAUCGGCGCCCGGCGUGGCCGGCACCGUCAUCUCCCGCAGCCAGUCCAGCCUGGUGGAGGCUUUCAACAAAAUCCUCAACGGCAAAAACCCGCUGCCCACCUACCGGCCCAACCUGAGCCCGCCCGCCGAGUCCAGCCUGGCGCUGCCGCCCGCCGGCUACCGCUGCCUGGAGUGCGGCGACGCCUUCGCGCUGGAGCGCAGCCUGGCGCGGCACUACGACCGGCGCAGCAUGCGCAUCGAGGUCACCUGCAACCACUGCGCCAAGCGCCUGGUGUUCUUCAACAAGUGCAGCCUGCUGCUGCACGCCCGCGAGCACAAGGACAAGGGCUUGGUGAUGCAGUGCUCGCACCUGGUGAUGCGGCCGGUGGCGCUGGAGCAGAUGAUCGGGCAGCCCGACGUGACGCCGCUGGCGGCGCUGGCGGUGGCGGCGGCGGCGGCGGAAGGAGGGAGCGCGGCGGCGGCGGCGGCGCAGGAAACGCCGGUGCUGCCGCUGGGGACGGAGCAGAGCAGCUACAGCUGUUUCAGGUGUCUGGAGUGCAAGGAGCAGUGCAAGGACAAGGCCGGGCUGGCGGCGCAUUUCCAGCAGGUGACGGCGGGAGGAGGCAGCACGGUGUGCUCGGCGUGUCCCAUGAUCCUGGCCAACCGCUGCAGCUUCAGCGCGCACCAGCGCAUGCACCGCAGCCGCCCGCCCCACGUGUGCCCCGAGUGCGGCGGCAACUUCCUGCUGGCCAACUUCCAGAGCCACCUGCGGGAAUGCUGCCUGCACUUCUCCCGCAGGGUGGGCUACAGGUGUCCCAGCUGCUCCGUGGUGUUCGGCGGCGUCAAUUCCAUCAAAUCCCACAUCCAGAGCUGCCACUGCGAGGUUUUCCACAAGUGCCCCGUGUGUCCCAUGGCCUUCAAAUCCUCCCCCAGCGCCCAGGGCCACCUGUGCGCGCAACACCCGGCCUGCGGCGCACAGCCCGCCAAGCUGAUCUACAAGUGUGCCAUGUGUGACACGGUGUUCACGCACAAGCCGCUGCUCUCGUCGCACUUUGACCAGCACCUGCUCCCGCAGCGCGUCAGCGUCUUCCGCUGCCCCCACUGCCCGCUGCUCUUCGCCCAGAAACGAACCAUGCUCGAGCACCUCAAGAACUCCCACCAAGCCCAGAAAUCCAAGGACGACUCUUCCAAGAAAUCCCCGGCUCUGCUGACGCCCAAACCGGAGCCUCUGGAAGCUCCGGUGGCCAAGAAUUCCGAGGAAUCCUCGAGCUCCACGGAGGAGGAGGAGCCCCCGAGCUCCCCGGAGCUGCGGAAGAGCAAACGGAGCCGAUUCCAGCGGAAAUCCGGGAAUAAAUCCAAGGGCAGCGGCUGGACCUGCGGCGUUUGCCACUCGUGGUUCCCCGAGCGCGACGAGUACGUGGCGCACAUGAAGAGGGAGCACGGAAAGUCGGUGAAGAAGUUCCCGUGCCACCUGUGCGAGCGCUCCUUCUGCUCCGCGCCCAGCCUGCGCCGCCACGUCCGCGUCAACCACGAGGGCAUCAAACGCGUCUACCCCUGCCGGUACUGCACGGAGGGGAAGCGAACGUUCAGCAGCCGCCUGAUCCUGGAGAAGCACAUCCAGGUGCGCCACGGCCUCUCCGGAGCCGACGGCCGCGGCCUCGAGCUGCCCGCGGCCCGCGGAGCCGCCGGCGCCCAGGCUCCCGGCCGGAAGCGCAAACUCUCCUCGGACGAUUCCUGCAGCGAGGAGCCCGACAGCACCACCCCCCCUUCCCAGAUCCCCAACCCCAAAUCCCCCAAGGCCCCGUUCCGCUGCCGCAAGUGCGGCUUCGCCGCCGCCGCCCGCGCCGAGCUACAGGUGCACCUGGCCCGGCACCGCGGCAACACCGCGACGACAACCGCGACGGCCGCCGCGACAACCACCACCGGCGGCCAGCGGUGCCGCGAGUGCGGGCUGUGCUUCGCCUCCCCCGGCUCCCUCAGCCGGCACCGCUUCAUCUCCCACAAGAAGCGCAAGGGCUCGGAUCCCGCCGAGGAGCCGGGAAGCGCUUCCCGAGGGAGCGGUACAGGCGGAGCGGCGCAGGGGAAGCUGGAGUGCAAAGUUUGCGGGAGAGGAUUCGAGAGUCAGCUCAACCUGAAAACGCAUUUCCGGACCCACGGAAUGGCGUUCAUCCGCGCCCGGCAGGGAGCCGAGGAGAACUCAAAAUUCCCAAAAUUCCUGGAGUUCUGGGAAUGGCGUUCAUCCGCGCCCGGCAGGGAGCCGAGGAGAACUGAGAAUUCCCAAAAUUCCUGGAGUUCUGGGAAUGGCAUUCAUCUGCGCCCGGCAGGGAGCCGAGGAGAACUGAGAAUUCCCGGGAUUCUGGGAUUCUGGGAUUCUGGGAAUGGCGUUCAUCCGCGCCCGGCAGGGAGCCGAGGAGAACUGAGAAUUCCCAAAAUUCCUGGAGUUCUGGGAUUCUGGGAAUGGCGUUCAUCCGUGCCCGAAUUCCGGGAUUGUGGGAUUGGCUUCAUCCGCGCCCGGCAGGCAGCCGAGGAGAACAGAGCAUUCCCGGGAUUCCCGGAAUUCCCAGGAUUCUGGGAUCGGCCCAGGAAGCGAUCACGGUAUUCCUGGAAUUCCAGGACUGGCCCCAAGGACAGCGGAGCAUUCCCAGGAAUCCCAGAAUUCCCAGAAUUCCAGGAUCAGCCCUCAGCGUGCCCGGGAAUCUCAGAAUUCCCGGAAUUCCGGGAUGGGCUCCAGGGCCGGGAUUUGGCGCCGUGUACAUAA